UUUAAUAAUAAUUACUGGAAAAGUGAAUAUUCAACAUUUUUAAUAUGAUUAUGUUAUCAUAUAGAUAUACUUAUGUUAUAAAGUUUAUAUAAAGCCGAACUAGUGAAAUUACGUUUUGGAAAUGCCGUCAUCAGGGAAAUGCUUUCUUGUGACAGCAAGUGGGUAUGGUUACACUGUAGGGGCCAAUUUAGACAGAAACAAUGAGCAACUAAUCUACUCACUGGGCAACAAUCAUGUAAACUCAUCCCGCCCUUUUACAACUGAAGAUCACACACAAAAUGUCGGCCAUUACUUCAUGUCAGGAAGCCAGCACGGGUCCUACGACACCCAGCCCCGUGCCGAACAGCUGAUUGCAACCACAAGCUCGCAUCAUACAAUAAAUGGGCACAUGGCUCAGUCGAGUUAUGAUGACCCAGUUGAUUUAUCGAGCAGUAAACUGGUGAACGGUAUGAUCAAGGAGGAAAGGCCCCAGCAUAUGUUUGCCAGCCACAACGGGAUCAGGGUCGGCAUUCCUCAAGAUCAAGGUCUAUUUGCAGAUGGGAGUGGCCAGCCUCUAAUUCCAGGAUCGCUAACUCCGCCCAACAAGUUGAACGAGAGUAUGGUUACCAUGACAGCUCCCAAUCAUCUUGAACUUGGCACCCUCCCUUCAUCAAUACAGACUCCGCCUAGCCCACUUCCAACUCCGUCACCUCCUAAUAUGAGAACUCAUACAGACAUGAAUGGCUUCGAAUAUAAAAGUCAGUAUCAAGACCAAAGAUUAACCAGAGAAGCCAUGAGGAAAUAUUUGAAGGAUAGAGGAGACCAAAUACUUGUUAUUUUGCAUGCAAAGGUGGCACAGAAAUCUUACGGCAAUGAAAAAAGAUUUUUCUGCCCGCCACCAUGCAUAUAUUUAUUUGGGAACGGCUGGAAGCGGAAAAAGGAAGAGAUGGAGAAAGGCGGGGCCACAGAACAAGAAUCUACUGUGUGUGCUUUUAUGGGGAUAGGAAAUUCAGACCAGGAAAUGGUGCAGUUAAAUAUGGAAGGAAGGAAUUAUUGUGCGGCAAAGACACUUUAUAUAUCUGAUUCAGAUAAAAGAAAACAUUUUAUGUUAAGUGUAAAAAUGUUUUAUGGAAGUGGACAAGACAUUGGUGUAUUUCAUAGUAAAAGGAUCAAAGUGAUUUCUAAACCAUCUAAGAAAAAACAGUCUUUGAAAAAUGCGGAUUUAUGUAUAGCAUCAGGGACCAAAGUAGCUUUAUUUAACAGAUUACGAUCACAGACUGUGAGUACACGCUAUCUGCACGUGGAGGACGGCAACUUUCACGCUAGUUCUAUACAAUGGGGGGCUUUCACAAUACAUUUACUUGAUGAUAAUGAAUCAGAAAGUGAAGAAUUUACAGUAAGAGAUGGUUACAUACAUUACGGGUCAACGGUCAAACUUGUAUGUUCUGUUACUGGCAUGGCUCUACCUCGACUUGUGAUACGUAAAGUAGAUAAGCAGACUGCAGUGUUAGAUGCAGACGACCCUGUUUCACAGCUUCAUAAAUGUGCCUUCUAUUUGAAAGAUACAGAAAGAAUGUACCUCUGUCUUUCACAAGAGAGAAUUAUACAGUUCCAGGCGACGCCAUGUCCAAAAGAAGCCAACAAAGAGAUGAUCAAUGAUGGGGCAUCGUGGACUAUAAUUAGUACGGACAAAGCUGAAUAUACGUUUUAUGAGGGCAUGGGGCCGGUCAAGGAACCAGUUACUCCUGUGCCAGUAGUUAAUAGCUUACAG